CUUUUUAUUUGUUCUAAAUAAAUAUUACGUUUUUCAGUUCUCUCGAUCGCCCGUUGUUUCUUUCCCCCCGUAAUUUUGCUUCGAUUCGGUUGCUUUAAAAUAAGCAGGUGUUCUCUUUCUGGGUGUGAUUUUGUUGAUCAUUAUAAGCUGCAACAAAUUGCAACAACAGUUUAUUAGAACAGGAUGGGCGAAAGAAAUAUGCUAUGCCCUAUUGAUUUAGAAAUGGAUCAAGAUCAGGGGUAUCUGCAUCCUGAACCCUGCAUCUUUUUGAGUGGCGUAACGAACUACCCGUCACCUAAUAUCCAGAUGACCAUCACAGCUCCAGGAAGCACAACUAACCUUGAUAGGCAUCCCUUAUCCGAGCAUUAUGACAACAGUAUGUUCUAUGCAUUCCCCCAGUACACUGGUGUUCAGCAUCAUCAUCUUUCCCCAAAUCUUGAUCUUGGUAUUGGAAGUGCAUCCAACUAUUAUGUUCCAUAUGCGGCUACACCAUCCAGUAUUCCUAUAAAUCAUGGAAUCAUGGAUCAGAUGCCAUCUUCCAGCAACUAUGGUCCCAUUGGAUUGUCUGCAGAUGAAUAUGCAGGAAAUUGCCACUUCAUGGAUAACGUAAGGGGCUUGUAUAAGACAAAGAAUUCUGAAGGAAUCCCCGGAAAUUUUCAGCAUUUUAAUGCCUCGUCAAGCUCUGGUUCCUCGAUUACACCAUUAAAUACUAGGAAUCCUGAUGGGGUUGGCAUGGUGGAUGCUGCAUCCUUCGCUAUGUCUCACCAUAGGGGAAACGGCCCUCCACUAAUUAGAGAAGUGGGAUCUCAAAGGAGUGCGAGGAACAGAUUAGGGGCAACUGCAGUGGAUCCUGUUUUGAUGCAAAAUGCCAACCAUUAUUUUCAAGGAAACUACUUGGGUCAACCUUUUCCUCCAACUAUGACAGAUGGAGGUGCCUCAGCUUGGACUCAGGCUCCUAGUGUUCCUUAUAUGCAUGGUAGCAAUGGUGGUGGAUCUAUGGAGACUAGGCAUAGAAGUUCCACAAAUUUCUUACAUUCUCCUCUUGACCCUCGCAACCCGAACUUCCAUCAUCCUGCACCACCUAUCGAAGGAGCAAGAGGCCACAGCAUUAAUGUCCAUCCGCAAGUACCAGCUGCUCCUUAUUGCUUUCCUGCGAGUUAUGCCUCACAGAGCACCAUGAACCCCUCGCAGGAUGGUUUGGCAGUUGGGCGUAUGCAUUUCGGACCAGUUCCACCUACUGGCUUUAGGAUAUAUCAUCCUUGUCGGGAAAGUGGUGCUUUACCUGAGACAUCUCUGAGACACCACAAUCUCCCUCACCUGAGAGUUCUCCCACCUGAUGGUGUUGCUGUGCUCGAGUUCCCAGAAUUUUAUGAAGAAGUUGGGAAUCUUAUUGAUCAUCACAGAGAUAUGCGCUUGGAUAUAGAGGACAUGUCUUACGAGGAGUUGCUCGCUCUGGGAGAACGGAUUGGCAUUGUUAACACUGGUUUAUCAGAUGAAACCAUCAGAUGUAAAUUGAAAACAAGAUCAUAUUCGACAUUUGCAACGAAUAUUAACCUGGAAGAAGUGGCACCUGUUGAUCAGGAACUUGAAUUUUGUACUAUUUGCCAGGAGGAUUAUAAGAAUCAAGAGAAAAUCGGAACUCUUGAUUGUGGGCACGAGUAUCACGCAAGUUGCUUAAGAAAGUGGCUCCUGGUGAAGAACGUAUGCCCGAUAUGCAAAUCAGAGGCAUUAGCCUCCUAAUCCAAGGAUGUAUAAAACAUGGGGGGCGACUUUUAUCCAACAAAAAGUAGUGAACUACAUAAAAUGGUUGAUGGUCUGUUUAAACCAUAAAUCGAUAUUUGCGAGUAUUUUGUAAAUGAAAUUGCGGAUAUCUAGCAGGCAAUCAUUUAUUUGUUGGCUCUGUAAUUAUCAACAUUUGUACAGACUUCCAUUAUGCAAUCUCAUGCUACAAUAUUAACUUUUA